AUGGGUAUGUUGAACCGUUCCUUGUGUAAAUUGUGGAUUGCUAACGUGGCUAUCAAGGCGUUUUAUAUCAACCUUGUCCUAGCUGCCGUGAAGGCACCAGUGCUCCUACUCCUGGUUCCCGACUAUCUGCCUAAACCCCACAAGGGAGCUCUUCAAAAGCUGAAAGAGUUAGACAUCAUCGGUAUGGUUCUUAAUGCCGGGAUAUAUGUUGGAUGGGUAAUUCCGAUGACCUUUGCUUCCACUCUCUGGGGAUGGUCCGAUAAUCGCACAAUUGCCUCGUUCGUCGCCUUUGGUGUUAUCUUUAUUGCAUUUGCAAUUCAGCAGGGCAUUCCUCUCUUCACAACCCUAGAGAGACGUGUCUUUCCUGCCCAGUUCUUGAGGCGCACAGUGAUGAUCCUCUUAUACGUCAGCACGUCCUGCACGAAUUCCGCCCUUCUCGUCCCUGCCUACUAUAUACCGCUAUUUUUCCAGUUUACCAGAGGUGAUAGUCCUGUGGAUGCUGCAGUACGUCUCCUUCCUCUGAUCAUUCUUGCUAUUGUAUCGGUUAUGGUUCAGGGGAUCACUAUGCCCUUAGUUGGAUACUACGCUCCAUACUACGCCAUAAGUGGUGUCUUGAUAGUAAUCGGCUCAGCUCUGAUGUCGACGGUUGGUGUGGAUACUCCAGUUGGCAAUAUCUAUGGAUAUAGCAUCAUUAUUGGAAUUGGAACCGGACUUGGUGUUCAAGCUUCCUAUGGAGUUGCAGCCGCGAAAGUCAAGGAAGAUGAGGUUCAGCAUGCUAUUAACUAUAUCAACUUGGCUCAAAUCGGAGCUGAGACCAUCUCUAUUACUGUUGCUGGAACCAUUUUCCAACAGCUGGCGUUCAAGAAUCUUUCCAAAUACUUGGCUGGACGAGGCUAUACUUCUGCAGAGCUUAUUGCCGCCAUUGCUGGGACACAAUCUAUCAUCCUCCAGAACGGCUCUGAGGAAGUUAGGUCGCUGGCGAUCGAGGCUAUCGUGGAAGCUAUGAAGAAAGUCUACAUUUCUAUGAUUGCAGCUGGAGCCCUUCAGGUGAUAUGUUCGGUCUUCCUCCCUCGAGAGAAACUCUUCAUGAAGCCUGCAGCCGCAUAA